AUGCUCGGGGCAAGACUCGUUUUCCGAUGUUUUAAAACCUUCGAGCGGCUAGGAGACCGCAUAACUGGCGCCGCUGGCCCAUUCUUCGUCGCGUUUGCAGUCAUACUUACGGGGCUCGGCUCGGCCUGUUUCUUCACGAUUCUACUCCCUACCCUCUCAUACCCGCUCCUCACCACCCCGCUAUGCAUCCUCAUUGCCCUCAAUAUGCACGGCCACUACUUCCUCGUCACACGCGUUCGCCCAGGCUUCGUUGGCCCACCACCACCACCCCCAGUGGGCAUUUCACCAACACAGCAACCACAAAGUCGAGGGCGGAUAGAAGACAGCGCCUUUUUAUGGGCUCUACCACCACACGCAAACACCAGCGGAGGAGAGGCACGAGUGACGAGGGCGGCGACGACGAGAUGCAAGAGAUGUGCUGUAAUAAGGCCAGAACGAGCCCACCAUUGCCGGAUAUGCAAUCGUUGCGUGCUCAAAUACGACCAUCACUGCCCUGUUGGUGUGCUUCCUCCUCGUUUUCGUGGUCUCAUGCCUCGUCUCAGUGUCCGUCUCCCGCAUUGUCCCUUCUUCCCAGCUCACAGUCCACCAGGGAUAAACCAAUGUGUCGGGCUCCACAACGAACGCCAUUUCGUUCUCUUUAUGGCCUACCUUGUUGUUGGAUGUGUGGCCUUCUGCUAUACUAGCUGGGAGAUAGGUCUGGGUGUCUUGGGAUUUGGCGUGGAGUGGACGAAUUGGGAUUACACCAUUCCUUCGACAAUCUUCCUCCUCAUCUACAUUCUCGCCGCAGUCAUGUCGCUCGCGGUGGGCAUCAUGCUGGCCUUCCAUCUGCGCACUAUUGCGAAUGGGGAGACAACGGUUGAGGGUCAGGACAACGAAGUCUAUCGCAAAGUCGCGGAACAGCGCGCUGAGGCGUUUGUCAACUCGUACGACCUCGGGAGUGGGCUGCGGAACAUUGCUCUCUUCUUCAAUGUCGCUAUUGGCAAACACUCACCAUCUCCAGCGCCAUACCCGCUAUACUCCCUGCUCCUUCCCAUGCGAGUACAUCCCUACACAGACGGCUGGUCAUGGGCACGUAGAGAGGGUUACGAACAAGGGCAUGCUGGUAUAAAGAGAGGCGAAGAGUUGACUGAUGAGGAGGAAGAGUUCCCUGACUCCGAGCCGUAG